AAAAACGUGAAAUUAUUACAAUUUAAUGAAGAAUUGAAUAGUUCAAAAGGGUGUAGAGCUUCGGGCCUUAGGCUCGAUUCUUAAGAACUGUAACAGGAAAUUUCGUAAAAAAAAGGUCGGUUUACUUAGUUGCAAACUAAGCGUGUAGUUGCGUAUAUUUGGGGAAAUUGCGAUUGUUAGAAGGAUUUCAUCCGUUGAUAUUCGUCGCCAUUCGUCAAUCUGAAAAUCGAUUGUCGAUUAUCAAGCCCGUUCGAAACCUGAAGCUGCCGAUCUGUUACUAUGUUAGUCAUAUAAUUUGCGGACACCACCAGUUAAUGCAACGAAUAAGUUAUUGCACGUUGGAUACCGGUUUUAGAUAAUUCUUGAAAACUCGUAAUGGCACCCCGUAAAAUUGUGAAACAUGCAGAGGUAGAAGUAGAGAGAACCCCGGAAGCCGGUGAUGUAUCGCCCCCAAAGAAAAAAAAGACCGUGGCGAAGACUACGAAUAAAAUCGACGAAGAGAAGCAAGUUAGAUUGCCGAGAGCUGCGAAAUUGACGAAAAUCGAGCAGACAGAAGGCACAGAGACGACCACAACGGUAACUAAGAACACGAAAACAAAAGUCAAGACGUUGUCGCCUGCUAAAAAUGCUUCGGUGACUACGAAAACGAAUUCCAAAGUCAAAUCUGUGCCGAAGAAAAAUAAAGAGGCGGUGGAUAAAGAUAAUAUGAGACUUGUGAAUGAGCCAAUUAUAAAAGAUGCCGAGGAAACUGAAACGAAAAAGACACGCGCUAGAGCAACGAAAAAGGCGGGAAUUGAUGUGAAGGAAGAACCUAAGUCAAAGAGAAGAAUUAAAAAACAACCUAUUAAUGAGAAUGCUGAAAAUUUAGAAGCACCAACUACAAAAAAAAGAAAACAAAUAAAUGUUAAAAUAGCAUCAAAGGAUAGUAAACCAAAACCAAAAACAAGAGCAACAAAGAAGAAACCUGAUGCGACUAAUGAUACGAAAGAUAAAGUUAACAACAAAGCUAAAACUGUUAAUGAUAAUGAAACUGAAAAUGAUGUUAAAUCAGGAGAUGAUAAAUUUACUAAAGUAACAGUACCAAGAAAAACAAGGGGUCGUAAGAAUGAACCUAAUUCAGAUGACAUAAAUGAUGAAACAAUAGAGAAAUUGUCAUCUUCGGAAACAGUAGACACUAAUAAUGAAAGUGAAGAAGCUGAAAAUAAUGAAUCAGAAUUAGCUCAAACUGUUAAAAAAGGAAGAAAUGUAAAAAAAAAAGAAGCACCACAAAAAAAAUCUACUAAAACGCGUGGCAAAGCUAACGAAAAUGUCACAGAUAUAACAAAAGUAGUUAAAGAAGCACAAAAGAAAACAAAUAAAGAAAUAAUAGUUACUAUAAAGAAAGGUCGAGGUAAGGGUACAGAAAAUACAACGGAGGAGAAGAAAGUAUUAAAUUCGUCAGAAACAUUAAAUAGUAAUAAUAACGUACAAAAAUUGUUAGAAGAUAAUGAUAAAAAAGAAGAUGCAGAAAAAGAGGAGACAAAGAACACCAAAACGUCGGGAAUGCCCAAAAAAAUAGAUGAUAUGAUUAUAAAAGAUGAAAUAAAUGAAGAUAAUAUGAUGAGUACAUCGGUACACGAAGAAGAAAAUUAACAAUGUAUGUUCUAUUUUUACUUGAUAUGUUUCUUCGAGAAAAUUAUAUCAUUAAUAUUUUAAUAUAUUUGAUAAAAAUACAAAUGUCUAUGAGUAUUUCUAUAUUUAGAAAUACCAAAGAAAUAUAUACAUUGUAAAAUUUCAAUAAUACAUUUUGGUUACACAUUGUUUCAAAAACUGUUAUUUGUAUUUUCUAUGAAGUAUUUUACAUAGCAUAGUUUUACAAACUUCUUAUUAGUGUUUUCUAUGAAUAAAGUAUAUAUAAACACUUAGUAUAUUUAAUAUUUCUACAAUAUUUAAAGUUGUUUAUUUGUUUUAUGUAAGGAUUGAAGAAUGUGUUUGUUGCUACAAAGCAUUUAAUUAUAAAAAAAGUGCCAACGAGUUUCUUACUUUAUAACGUUUUAUGCUAUAUUCAGUAGACAUACACUGUCAUUCUAAAUAAUACUACAGUGUUCUUUACUGCAUUCUUUAUUAUGUUUUAUAAUUAUUAAGUAAGUACUUUCUGAAAAUAUUGAAGAACAACAAAUUGGAAAAUGAGUAAUUCAUUUUAUAUUGGAUCAUUUUGAGUUUAAUAAAUCUUUAUAUUCAUAUUGAUAUGAUUUGAUUAUGAUUAAUUGUUUAAAACUUAAUAUAUUUGUUUGUAGAUAUUUUUGUAUUUUCUUUUCGUAAAUUAAAGUUAUUCUUAAUGUUUGACGAAAAUAUAUAAUUGUUGUUAUGUCAUAUUUUGUUUGUAUGCAUUUUUGUUUACAUUUAUGGUUACCAAAUUAUUUUUAAAUAUUUUUGAAAUUUUCAAUAAUAACAUUUUGAAUUACGAUAUAAAAUUCAAGUAUAUAUGUGUUUAUAUAUACAAAUGCACAAAUUUUAAUAUAUUUGAAAUACUAAGAUUGCCAUUGUUAGAAAUUAAAUUGAAGUGUUCCUACUUUAAUAACCAACAUUUAAGAACUCUUAUGAUACAAAAAAAUUUUUCAUUAUAUUAUUAUUCUC